AUGGCCAGCGCAGCGGACACCGUGCAGAGUGCAGAGUGCAAGGCCUCGGGACUCCUGCAGCUGACGCUCCCGGGCCUCGCGGGCGGCAUGGCACGUGACCUGAACAGUCAGCUCCCUGACGUUGACUCGCGCCGGCAAAGCUUCUGCUGUCUGCUUCCAGCUUCCAUAUCACCGUCCACUUCAUCUCAUCCCGUCUUCGUCCCGUGA